UUUCUUCUUGAAAAAUGUCUUCGAUCAAUACCAAACAUUUCACUCUCUUGGUCUUGCUGAUCUGCUUUUUAGUAAUUCAAGAAUCUCAUGGUCUCUCUCUAAAGGAAGUUGCUCCUGUGAAACCCCUAAACAGAAAGGUUUUAGAAAAACAGUGGGCUGCAUUUGGAAAGGUAUACUACAAGCAUGCAGAGAAGAUUAAUGAGAAGUUUGCUGAUUGGGAGCUAAGAGGAGUUCCAGCUGGUCCUGAUCCAUUGCAUCACAAUGGUGCUAGUCCUAAGAAACCUAAGACUCCAUGAUCAUGCAAUAUUAAUUUUGUUUUAGCUCUAUGUUCAAGUUUUUAGUAA